AUGGCGGUGGAGUUGCGAGCCGAGGAAAACCUCCGCCGUGUGCUCGCCUUGGGCCUGGGUGGCGGCCUCUUGCCAGCUGCCUUGGGGAAUUCAGGUGUGCAGGUGCUCGCCGUCGAGCACUCCUCAUCAGUUCGGGACCUAGCGAAGCGCUUCUUCGGCGUCGAGUGCGCGGGCCUGGAAAUAGUCACAGAGGAUGCCUUAGCUUUCGUGGAGGGAGGAGGAGGGUGUGGUAAGGGCCUCUUCGAUGGUUGUGUCGUCGACAUCUUUGAGGGCUGCACUUCCUCCACGCCGGCAUUUACACGGUCGCCCGCGUUCCUCCGCAGUCUCAAAGAGCUGCUGAUGCCCGGAGCCCCAGUUCUGCAAAACGUCAUCGACUCUGCCGGUGACUUCCUUCAAACGGAGCGGCGGCACCGGCGCUUCGGUGCCUUAGGCAACGGUAAGACCGUGCGAUGUACCUGCUGGGCCCGGAAUGCUGCGCCUCUUGGGCCCUUGCGCCCCGUGACCUAUCGAAGACAAACUGAGGAGCUCACGGAACUCCUCAGAGCGUAUCGAGAGGUCUUCGAGGAAGUGGAGGUCUUGAGGAAGCUGCAUGAAGGGCAGAGGCCGAUAGGCGGCCGGAAGGUCUUCAUCAGCGACGACGAGGGCCUGCUGCAGAAGGACGUUCCGGAUGUGGACAGCAAGCUGCGCGAGUGUGCCACCGGUUUCGGCACCUGGAUGGGGUGA